AUGGAUUUGGAAACAGCACGUGCAAAUUAUCCAAACAGACUAGAGAGGUUAGAAGAAGAACGUCUUAUGGACAUGCCUUUCGAUGUUAGUGAACCUCAAGUUGAAGGACACGACGGCUUUGCCAGAUUCUACUGGAAACAUGACGAACAAUUGCAUCCUUUGAGAAGGAAAAAAGGAAAAGGUGAAGACGCACAUGCUCCCAUGGAAAGAACAAGAUAUGCAUAUGAAAAGUACCGUGAAGUUAGAAGUCAAAUUACAUCUGGUCGAACCUUUACAGUAAACUUUGACGAAGGAAAGAACAAAGAAGGCUUCAUGGGAGUACUUGCUGCCAUACAAGACGGAAAUAAGAAAGGAUACAAUCUCAGACUAACCGUAACAGAUUUGGACGGUCACAUUUACUAUGCACAUGGCAAUGUCACAACAGCCGCACAACUUCUUGACGCUUUCAAGACUACAAAGAGAGAACAAAUGUUUGACUCCGACUCAGACAUUUUGAAUGCAAUUGA